AUGUCUUUUUCGAACUUCACCGGCGCGUUGCGCGCGUAUCCCUGCAACAUUCCGCCGUACGUGAUUCCCGAACACAUUCGCGUCCCCGAGUACUUCAAGACCGCGGGCUGUCUCGCGGGCCAGGCGCUCGACAUUGCGAAGCGCAUGAUGCAGCCAGGCGUCCGUACCGAGGACAUCGACCUCGCGAUUUACAACUUCAUCAUCGAGCAAAACGCGUUUCCGAGCCCGAUCAACUACUACGGGUUUCCGAAAGCUUCUUGCAUCAGCGUGAACGAGGUCGUGUGUCACGGCAUUCCGGACGGGCUGGUUCUGUGCGACGGGGACGUGGUGAACGUCGACGUUACGGUUUACUUUUGCGGCAUGCACGGCGACUUCAACCAGACGUUCGUGGUUGGCGACGUUUCGAUCGCGGCCGCGAAGACUUUAUGCUGUGCCUACGCCGCGCUGAAGCGCGCGCUCGAAGUUUGCCGGCCCGGCACGCCUUUUAAGGAGAUCGGCCGCACGAUCGAGAGCACGUGUCGCGAGUUCGGCUGCUCGAUUGUUCGCGAAUACACCGGACACGGCUGCGGAGAGCUGUUUCACAGCAAACCGUACGUGCGCCACUACUGCGUAGAGUCGGACAAGUCCGUCAUGGAGAAAGGCCAGGUUUUCACGAUCGAGCCUAUGGUCAACGCAGGGACUGCGAAGGUUGCUCGGUGGCCCGACCAAUGGACGGUGGUCACUAAGGACGGCAAGGUUUCUGCCGCCUUUGAGCGCACCUUGGCGAUUACGGACAACGGAUACAAAAUUCUUUCUUCAUACGACGAACAGGACGACUCUCCGUAG